UGCCCAUGGUGGCGCGCUGGCGGGGAGGCCGGGCGGCGGCGCGGCGGCCUGGGGUCCAGCUUUCAGUUUGGCUGGGAGAGGGAGGCCGGGAGGAGGAGGCGGCGGCGCGGGGAGGGCGGGGAGGGAGCGCGGAGGGGCGGGGAGUGGCGGAGCGAGGGAGCCUGGGCCGCGGCCGGCGGCGCGGGGAGGAGGGGCAGCCCGGCGCGCCGCGUGAGUCCCAGCCGGCCGCUCCGAGCGCUCCGGGCUGGGUUCCCGGGCCCCGCCGCGCCGCCUCCCUCCCCGCCCGGCUUGGCCUCCUGCUUUUCCAUUUGAUUCCCUGCCUCUCUCUAUUCGGACUGGAAUGCCGGGCCAGGCUCCGGGGCGCGCCGCUGCGGCAGCCGCACCCCGCACGUCCCCCCUGGCCGACUCCGACGCGGAAGCAGCGGCCCUCCUCGCCGUCGGGGAGCCAGGGAGCCGGGGACGAUCAGUAACAUAAGGCUUAGAGGAUCAAGUAUCUUGCCCAGAUGCCUUACCGAAAUGCUACAGAUGAAGUUGGUGUGGUAACCUGGGCUGAGCACUCUGGGAGAGGAAGAGAAGAGAGAAGACAAAAAACAACUGAGCUAUGACCAGUCCCAACACAGAGGCCCAGAAAACUUUAAGAUUUGAGGAUUAAUGUCUCAAGGUCAGGAGCAACCUCAAGGCUAAAACUCAGAUCUCAGGACUCAAUUUCACAGAAGUUCCACUAUAAAGGCAUUAAUCCAAAUCUUUAAAUGAUAUGAAAAUUUUAUAAUAAGAGUUCAAUAUUUCUGCCAACAUUGGCACAUGGAUUGCAAAGUCCACAGGAUUGAAAACACCAUCAACAUAAUGGAAAUUGAACAGCAUCUGAUUACUGAGUGCUAUAUCAGCAAGUUAAAUGGAUCUUUUGCAUACAUUUUAAUGGUGUAUAUCCUAAAACUGAAGUGUUCAAUAUAAACAUCCAGAUUGAAACUCAGGCAGUGAAUUACAUACACAACAAAUCAAUUGAACAUGGCAGAGCUUGUCAGACUCAUGAAAGAUUAAAUACAUUUUACAUUUCCACAAGUGUAGUAUU